CUUAGUAAGCUGCUGCCAUUUGUCCAAAUCUGUCGCCUUUUUAGUGAAAAUGUUAAACCAAGCUAUAAACAGCCUUAAGCUAUACUACUCCAUCUACUCCGCACCUUGUCGAACAGUUCUUCUGACAUUAAAGUGUUUGGAUUUGGAUCUUCCGCCCGAGUCCAUGCGCCACGUUUGCAUUUACAAGAAAUUCGAGCAGUUUGAGCCAUGGUACGAACAAAUUAACUACGAGAAGAUCGUUCCUACCAUCGUCGAUAAUGGAUUCGUCUUAUGGGAGAGUCGAGCUAUUGCCAAAUAUCUGGUUCAGAAACACGCCAAAUCCGAAAAAAGAAGUUUGUAUCCCUCCGAUAUAAGGGAGCAGGCGUUGGUGGAUCGAAUCCUUUAUUUCGAUCAAGGAGUCUUAAAUCAAAGCAUAUGCGAUUAUUUUAAACCACAGUACGACAGCAAAAGUCCUCCGAAUCCGAUCUUGGGAGCGGAAAUUGACCGCAGCUUGCAGCUUUUGGAGAAAAUAAUUAACGGAAAGAAUUUCGUGUUGGGAGGAACGGGCGGUGAUGAUUUACUUACAAUUGCAGAUCUAAGUAUUUUGGCCACGCUGAGCAAGCUUGAAUCAAUGAACUAUAGUUACGAUCGAUAUGAGAUCGUUUCUAAAUACGUGGAGUAUUUGAAAGAUCACAUUGCGUCAUACAGGGAAUGCUGCCAAGAUGGAAUUAAUCAGAUGAAGAAAUGGAAUCGGAAAAAUUUCAAGUAUGUUGAAUCUCAUAUCUAUCAUGGAACGCCCAACGAACGAAUUAUAUAGAUUUAGCCACCUUUUACUAAUGCUCUUAAAAUAAACCCAAAUUCCAUUCCAUUCUU